CCCAAACUUAACCCCACCACUCUUAAGUCAAGAUGUACGCCAGCCCCCGGUAUUCCCGACACCACGGCGGCAGCAGCAGCUACCAGACGCAGCAGUACACAUCGCCCUCCAAGUACAGCAGCCACGCGCAGUACGCGUCCCCCUCCAAGUACAGCGGCUACGACGGCUACUCCUCGCCGGUCAAGGCCUCGUCUUACCACCAGCAGCAGCAGCAGUACUACUCGUCCCCCAGCAGCCCCACGUACUACAACCACCAGCAGCAGGAGUACUACAACUCGGGCGCGUCCACCGCGUCCUCGUCGUCGCAGGAGGGCCCGUUCUACGCCGACGAGCUGGACGAGCUGGACGACUACACCAUGGGCCUCGCGAGCCCGGACAUGACGACGAUCCCCACCGUCCCCACGCCCAUCAAGCUCAGCAUCUACGAGCACGGCAAGACUCCGUCUGGAAGAGUCAUGGUGACGGCCGGCAACCAGACCAUCGAGUUCUUCUCGUGCGCCGUCAACGCGCCGCUCUCGCGGUGUAUGGUGGUGCAGGAGUAAAGACAAGUGCAGAGGAAAGAGUCGAGUCUGGUGCCGCUGGGCCUCCGCCUCGCACACGCCAAGGACGAGCCUCA